GAUGCCUUACUUUGUGAUGGAUAUCUUGAGUUUUCUUCCUGGUCUUCCAGGUUUAUUUGUGGCAUGUAUGUUUAGUGGAGCUUUGAGUACUGUCUCAUCUGGGUUGAACUCACUCGCUGCUGUAACUGGUGAGGAUAUUAUAAAACAAAUAUGGCCCAAAAUGGAUGACAAUAAAUACACAAAGAUAACAAAAAUUCUAGCUCUUUCAUAUGGACUCCUAUGCAUAUUUAUGGCAUAUAUAUCAUCCCUAAUGGGAAGUGUCUUGCAGGCAGCGUUGAGUAUAUUUGGCAUGAUUGGGGGUCCUCUACUUGGACUUUUCUCAUUGGGUAUGUUCUUUCCUUGGGCCAAUAGUAAGGGUGCUGUGGUUGGACUUUUUUCCGGAUUAAUAAUGUCAUUCUGGGUUGGCAUUGGAGGAUUCAUAUACAAACCAUUUGUAGAAAAACCACCACUAGAGACAUAUAACUGCCCUAAUGAGACAGUCAGUAAUAUAACCACCACUACUAUGCAGUAUGUAAGUGGACAAACUACAGCGGCAUUCAACACUAUAACAACACAGGAAGCACCAGUCACUAUUAUACAGGAUACAUACCCUGCUAUUGCUGACUACUACUCUAUCUCUUAUCUGUACUAUGGUGGUGUAGCCUGGAUUGCAGUGAUCGUGGUGGGACUCAUUGUUAGCUUCAUCACAGGGCCAACAAAACCUGAAGAAGUUGAUCCAAAGACAAUCAGUCCUUUGGCUGAUAAAUGUUGUUGUUGCUUAUCUGCCAGCACUCGUGAGACAUUAUACUGUGGUGUUCAGUUCAAAGUGGAAGAAGAGGAGAAAAAAUAUAGUCUUGAUAACAAACCAAACAUAGCUGUAAGUAAUAAUGUUUUUAUACAAAUAAAUAUCUAACUGCAUUCGUAAUGACAUAAUUACACUUGAAACAACCAAUCAGUGACAUAUUACAGUUCAAACAGCCAAUCAAUCACAUAUUACAAUUCAAACAGCCAGUCAAUCACAUAUUACAAUUCAAACAGCCAGUCAAUCACAUAUUACAAUUCAAACAGCCAAUCAAUCACAUAUUACAAUUCAAGCAGCAAAUCAAUCACAUAUUACAAUUAAAACAGCCAAUCAAUCACAUAUUACAAUUCAAACAGCCAAUCAAUCACAUAUUACAAUUCAAACAGACAAACAAUCACAUAUUACAAUUCAAAAGGCCAAUCAAUGACACAUUGCAAUUCAAAUAACCAAUCAAUGACAUAUUACAAUUCAAACAGCCAGUCAAUCACAUAUUACAAUUCAAACAGCCAGUCAAUCACAUAUUACAAUUCAAACAGCCAAUCAAUCACAUAUUACAAUUCAAACAGACAAACAAUCACAUAUUACAAUUCAAAAGGCCAAUCAAUGACACAUUGCAAUUCAAAUAACCAAUCAAUGACAUAUUACAAUUCAAACAGCCAAUCAAUCACAUAUUACAAUUCAAACAGCCAAUCACUCACAUAUUCCAAUUCAAACAGACAAUCAAUCACAUAUUACAAUUCAAACAGCCAAUCAAUCAAUCACAUAUUACAAUUCAAAAAGCCAAGCAGUGACACAUUACAAUUCAAACAGUCGUGCAGUGACUUAUUAUAAUUCAAACAGCCAAUCAAUGACACAUUGCAAUUCAAACAGCCAAUCAAUCAAUCACAUAUUACAAUUCAAACAGCCAAUCAAUGACACAUUACAAUUCAAACAGCCAAGCAGUGACUUAUUACAAUUCAAACAGCCAAUCAAUGACACAUUGCAAUUCAAACAAGCAAUCAAUGACAUAUUACAAUUCAAACAGCCAAUCAAUCAAUCACAUAAUACAAUUCAAACAGCCAAUCAAUGACAUAUAACAAUUCAAACAGCCAAUCAAUCACACAUUACAAUUCAAAAAGCCAAUCAGUGACUCGUUACAAUUCAAAAAGCCAAUCAAUCACAUAUUACAAUUCAAACAGUCAAUCAAUGACACAUUACAAUUCAAAAAGCCAAUCAAUGACAUAUUACAAUUCAAACAGUCAAUCAAUGACAUAUUACAAUUCAAACAGUCAAUCAAUGACAUAUUACAAUUCAAACAGUCAAUCAAUCACACAUUACAAUUCAAAAAACCAAUCAAUGACACAUUACAAUUCAA